AUGACAAAGAAGACAUUCAUCAACACCCUGCUGCUGGGCGCGGCCUGCCUGCUGUCCGCGCACGCGGCGGCACAAAGCUAUCCCAGCAAACCCAUCAAGCUCAUCGUGCCCUACGCUGCUGGCGGCCCCGUCGAUGGUGUGGCCCGCGGAUACGCGGAUCGCCUGUCGAAGGAAUGGGGCCAGCCCGUGCUGGUGGACAACCGCGCUGGCGGCAAUGAAGUGAUUGCGGCAGACCUUGUCGCCAAGUCGCCCGCCGACGGCUACACAAUGCUCUGGGGCGCCGACCCGACCUUUUCAACCAACCAGUUCCUGUUCAGGAAGCUGCCCUACAACCCGCUGACCGACCUCAUCCCGGUCACCCGCGUGACCUUCGUCAACAUGGCCCUCAUCGUUGACGGCAGGCUGCCUGUCAACACCAUGAAGGACCAGAGCGAUGGCGACAAGGCCAAACCCCAGCCAAGCCAGCCACCGCAGCCAGGGCCUGCCCGCAUCGGCGUGGGCAUGGCCAUCGCCGAUGCUGAGGUCGCCUGCCAGCAGGUCGGUAUCGCUGCCAGCCGUGACGGUGAACGAAAACGCGGUAUUGCCGGGCUGGCCCAGCGUGGCCAGCUGGAUGAGGUAGGUGCCGUCAGGCUGCGGCGUUGCCGUGCCUUUGUCCGCACCGACCUCGAAGUCAAUCCUUGCGCCUGUCACCGGCUCAUUGCUGGCAUAACGGUCAAGAUAGACCACCAUCUGGCCCCUGGUAACGAUGCCGACCAUCUCGAACAGGUCAGAGUGCGCAGAAAAGCGCGGCGUUGA